AUGAGCACCACUUCAGAGAGCGAUGACGAUUUUGACCUUCCUCCACUUGCAGGAGAAUCUUUUGGACUCAAGGUUGAAGAGAAUCAUCAUGUCGAGUCUGGUUUCUUGGCUGAAGAACUGAAAGACCUUCAUUUGAAAAUACCUUUGGCAGGAGAAACAAUCGUUUUUCUAUCAACGCCGGCCAGAAAACUCAGUGACAAAAUAUUCGAGAAAAAAUCUGACGUGCCCCAAGGAAAAUUUGUCGAUGAAGAUUUCAAGGUCAAGGAUGGCGAGAGGCUUUCGUCGAUGAAGAUUCGAGCUUCAAUGAAGAAAUUUCAAAAAGUCGACGAAGGAGAGGGAGGACCAAAAAACAAACAUCAAAAUGAAGUCAAAGACGAUAUCGCCUCUAAAGUCCUUCAAAUUGACAAAAACUCUUCUGAUGAAGCUCAUGCCCUGGGAAAGUACCAUUUUAAUUUUUACGACGUCCACGGGUGGCAAAAAGUGAUGAUCGACGAUUACCUGCCACAAAAGAUCGCGGAGCAAUCGAAGGAUCAUGAAUGGUGGGUGCCUUUGGUUGAAAAGGCUUAUGCGAAAUUUCACGGCGGUUAUGACAGGCUUGAAGGAGGAAAUACUAAUUGGUCGCUGACAGAGCUCUGCGGUGGAAUUUGCUGCGAGAUGAAGAAUCUUAGGGAAGAGAUCGAACUGGAAAACGUCCUCCUCGCAAUCAAGAAUCAUUCGCUUAUCUGCUGCUCAAACUUGGACGAGGAAGACAAUUCAACAAUCAUCAAGGGGCUCGUCUCUUCUCAUGCUUAUGCCGUCCUCCGAAUUGAAAAAAUGAUCCUUCGAACUGGCGAAUAUCAAACAAUGAUCAAGCUUCGCAAUCCGUGGGGAAAGACAGAAUGGACUGGGAACUGGUCGGACGAUGAUCGCGAAAACUGGCGAAGAGUAAGAAAGAAAGAAAAGAAACGAAUCGGCUUUACGAAGGCCAAUGAUGGUGCGUUUUGGAUGAGCUAUGAAGACUGGCUGAAAGAAUUGGAGAUAUUCAAUUUUUGCGCUUUACCCGGACUUGAUAUCAACGAUGAGGACGGGAUCUUUACGAAAGAAGAGGCGAGAGAUCGGGAGAUCAUCGUUUCAGGAGAAUUCAUUUCUGGAAUUAAUUCACCAAGAGAUUCAAAUCAUAUUUUCAAAGCUUUCUUGGAUUCAAAAUACAAUGCUCAAGUCGUAUUCAAUGUUGGCACGAAUAGCAGAGAUCCAAAUCAGAAGUCACGAUAUGUCUGGCUUCAGUUUUUGCUAGAAUCAAGCAUUUCCACCAAAAGUCAAGUCAUUCUUGAUGUGUACAAAAUCAAUGAAGACCGAAAAUUCGACAAGGAGGAUUUAAAGAGGAUGAGAGACAAGAAGGUUUUGCCUGUAAUACCUUUGUCGAAAGGCUAUGAGCUGGAGAACUACAAACAUAAUGGAUAUUUGUUCAGCCUGAAGCCUGGAAAAUACCUAAUUACAUUUGCAGCCGUGAAAAACAACAAUCCCGAGAAAUUUCAGUGGAAGCUAAGAGCGUUUGGAAGCGAUCUGUCAUUCAAAAAUUUAUAG